AUGCCACAUCCCCCAGCUCGACUCAGCCUUUCUUUGCAAAGAACUGAGAUCGAGCCAAAGAAAGCAAGCAGAUUACCGUGGAAAAAUAAAACUUACGAUGUAAAUGUAAUUGAAGAAAAGAAAAAAACAGAAUCAGUUAGUUUUAAAGAACUUUUUCGUUUUGCUAAAAAAACCGAUGUGUUUUAUAUGAUAUUGGCGACUUGUGCUGCUAUUUGUCAUGGAGCCGCAUUACCCUUGUUAUUACUUAUUUUUGGAAAUCUUGUUGAUACAUUUACAGAUCGUUCAUUCAAUUUAUGUACACUUAAUUUGACGGCACUUUCAUUAACUUAUUGUCCAUCAGGAAUAAUACUGACCUCAACUAAUUUUUUAUCACUUUACAAACUAUGCAAUUUUACUGGUUCCAAUUUUACUGUACCAACAUUCGAUCUUACUGGUAAAGUUCGACAACAGGCAUUAAUUUUAGUGGGAAUCGGUUGUGGAGCAAUCAUAUUUGCUUAUAUUCAAAUAGCAUUCUGGUGUGUUUCAGCAGAACGACAAACACGUGCAAUAAGAGAAGCAGCUUUUCGUGCAAUUAUGAAUAAAGAAAUACUUUAUUUUGACACUCAUAAAACAGCACUAAUAUUUUCCAAACUAACAUCUAGUAUGACUGCACAUGAAUUAAAAGCCUAUGGAAAAGCGGGUGCAGUGGCUGAAGAAGUGUUUAGUUCUAUUCGAACUGUUUUCAGUUAUAACGGUGUUGAACAUGAACAAACUAGGUAUGAACGACAUUUAGAUGCAGCGCGAGAUUUUGGUAUAAAAAAAGGAGCUUUCAAUGGUGUAACCUUGGGAUUCGUGUGGUUUGUCAUAUUCUGUGCGUACGCAUUAGGUUUUUGGUAUGGAGCAAAAUUAGUUCGAGAUGAAGGUUUUAAUAUUGGUUCUGUAUUAAUAGUAUUUUUUGCAAUACUUAUCGCCGUAUUUAGUCUUGGUCAAGGUGCACCACACCUUCAGUCCCUAGCGCAAGCAAGAGGUGCAGCUUAUUAUGUUUGGGAUUUAAUUGACUCGCCAUCGAAAAUCAUAAGUAAUUCUGUUAGUGGUCUUAAAACUCCAGAUCUAGUCGGGAUUAUCGAGUUUUCAGAAGUUAAUUUUGUUUAUCCUACAAGACCAAAUACUUCCAUUUUAAAUGGUUUAUCAUUUGAUGCAAAAAGUGGACAAACAGUUGCACUAGUUGGAAGUUCUGGUUGUGGAAAAAGCACUUGCAUUCAAUUAUUACAACGAUUUUAUGAUCCAAUUUCGGGUUCUGUUUCAAUUGAUGGUCAUUCUGUUAGUGAAUAUAAUCUUCAUUGGCUAAGGCAGCACAUUGGAGUUGUCAGUCAAGAACCAAUUUUAUUUGCUGCAACGAUUAAAGAAAAUAUUAAAUAUGGAAAAGAUAAUGUAACGGAUAGUGAUAUUGAAGAUGCGGCAAAAAAAGCAAACGCACACGAUUUUAUCAUGACAUUACCAGAUCGAUAUGAAACAAUGGUUGGAGAAAGAGGUGCUCAAUUAUCUGGUGGACAGAAACAAAGAAUUGCGAUAGCACGAGCAUUAAUAAGAAAUCCAAAAAUUCUAUUACUCGAUGAAGCAACAAGCGCUUUGGAUAACGAAAGUGAAAAAAUUGUUCAAGAUGCUUUAGAUAAAGCAUCGAAAGGACGAACUACCCUUGUAAUUGCACAUCGUUUAUCGACCAUUCGUAAUGCAAAUAAAAUUGUUGUGAUUCACGAAGGUACCACUGUUGAAGAAGGUGAUCAUGAAACAUUGAUGAAUAAACGUGGAAAUUAUUAUGCGCUUGUUCAAGCACAAAAUUUACAAAUAGCUGAAGAAAAUGAGGAAGACGAAGAUGAAGAUAUUUAUCCUGAUGAAAUAAAUGUUCGUCAACAACGACGUUCAACGGUGGCAAGUUUAAGUCCGUCAAUGUUGGCAACUAUACAUGAAGCAAAAAUAGCUGAUAAUGAUGGUGAAAAGAAUGUGAAAAAGCCUUCACCAUCUUGGACUAUGUUAAAAAUGAAUAGUCCGGAAUGGUUGUAUAUUGUGUUCGGAUGUAUAGCUUGUAUUUGUAAUGGAGGUAUUCAACCGGCUUAUGGUGUUAUUCUCAGUAAACUAAUAGCGGUAUUUCAAGAGUGUGAUCGAGACGUACAAGAACACAAUGUUCUUGUUUAUAUUCUAUUAUUUAUUGGAUUUGGUGUUCUUAUGUUAAUAAGCAUGUUUUUACAAAGUUAUUUAUUUGCAUGCAGUGGAGAAAAAUUAACGAAACGUUUACGAGCAAAAGUAUUUCGAGUUAUGUUGAGACAAGAUAUGGCUUAUUUUGACGAUCCCAAAAAUAAUACGGGUGCAUUAUGUACACGUUUAGCCGUAGAAGCAUCAGCUGUUCAAGGUGCAACGGGUAUUCGAAUUGGCAUUAUGCUUCAAAAUUUUGCUAGUCUUGGUGUAGGUAUUAUACUUGGUUUCGUUUAUGGUUGGGCGCUAACACUAAUGCUUCUCGGAUUUAUUCCACUCAUCGUUAUUGGUGGAUUUUUACAAUCAAAACUAGUUAGUGGAUUUGCAAGCAAAGACAAAAGAGCUCUGGAAGAUGCUGGAAAGGUGGCUGUAGAAGCGAUUCAAAAUAUUCGUACGGUAGCACAAUUAACAAAAGAAGAGCGUUUUGGUAAUGAAUAUGCCCAUUUAGUAGAAAUUCCAUACAGUGUUUUCAACUGUGUCGUCUUUGGUGCACAAUCUGUUGGUCAAACAGCAUCACUAGUACCAGAUUAUAGUAAAGCAACCGAAUCAGCUUCAAAUAUUCUUGAUUUAUUUGCAAGAAAACCGAAUAUUGAUAACGGUUCAACAGAUGGAGAACAAAUAGCCAACUUUAAUGGUGGAAUUGAAUUUGAUGGUGUGUAUUUUGUGUAUCCAAAUAGACCUGAGGCAAUCGUUCUAAGAAAUUUGAAACUAAAAAUUAUGCCAGGUCAAAAAAUUGCGUUAGUAGGCGGUAGUGGAUGCGGAAAAUCGACCACGGUACAGUUGCUGGAACGCUUUUAUGAUGUUGUUGCAGGUCGAUUGUUACUAGAUUCGAAAGAUGUUCGAAGCCUUAAUUUACAAUGGUACCGUUCUCAAAUUGGUAUUGUAUCGCAAGAACCUAUUUUAUUCGAUGUGUCUAUUAAAGAAAAUAUCGCUUAUGGUGAUAAUUCAAGAGAAGUACCAAUGAGUGAAAUUAUAGAAGCAUCAAAAAACGCUAAUAUUCAUAGUUUUAUUGAAAAAUUACCUAUGGGUUACGAUACGAAUUGUGGAAGUAAAGGAACACAAUUGUCAGGUGGACAGAAACAAAGAAUUGCGAUAGCACGAGCAUUAGUAAGAAAUCCAAAAAUUCUGUUACUUGAUGAGGCAACAAGCGCCUUGGAUCAAGAAAGUGAAAACGUUGUACAGGAAGCUUUAGAUCGAGCACAACAAAAUCGUACAUCAAUUACAAUUGCUCAUAGACUUUCAACAAUUCAAAAUGCAGAUUUAAUUUGUGUAAUACGACAUGGACGGGUUGUUGAGAGCGGACGACAUUCUGAAUUAUUGGCAAAACAAGGCUAUUACUUUAAACUAGCUCAAAAAAAGCUAAAGUGA